AUGUCGUCGCCGCCGUCAUCGGAGCGCUCUCUCGCGUCGCUCGUCUCGGCGUACACCGUCAAGCUCAACCGCGCCUAUCUCCUCGCGCCGGCCGUCGCCGCGGGCCUCCUCGUCGCCGUGCUCCUCUUCUCCCUUGUCGACUUCUCCGCGUUCUCCGCCACCCCCGUCGCGCGGGCGGCCUUACCAGCGUCGCCCGUGUCGCGUGGGCCGGCGAACACGUCGGCCUCGCCGCCGCCGCCACGAGCGCCCGUGCUGACGGCCCUGGACACGCUCGGGUCGCGGCCGGCGGAGCAGUUCACGGCCCUGCGCGACGCGUACGCGCGGUGGGACGCGGCCGUCGGGUGCCCGGCGUUCGCGGAGAAGCACCGGUCGUGGUCGCCCGACCCGGCGGCGCUGCAGGACCCCGAGGCGGCGCCGUGCGGCGAGCUGCGGCUCCCCCACGUCGCCCUCGCGGUGAGGGGGGUGACGUGGGUGCCCGACAUCCUCGACGGCGUGUACCAGUGCCGGUGCGGCAUGACCUGCCUCUGGAGCCGCAACGAGGAGGCCCUCGCCGACAACCCCGACGUCGUGCUCUACGAGAUUUGGCCCCCUCCCGACACGAGGAAGCAGGGGGAGCCACUGCGCGCGUUCAUGGACAUCGAGCCGACGAGGAAGAGGUCGGGGCACGAGGACAUCUUCAUCGGCUACCACGCCGACGACGACGUGCAGGUGACCUACGCCGGCAAGUUCUUCCGCAUCAACCACAACUACCACGUCGCCACCCAUAAGCGCGACGACGUGCUGGUGUACUGGUCGUCGUCGCGGUGCUUCGAGCACCGGAACAAGAUCGCGCGGGAGCUGUUCCGCCACCUCCCCGCGCACUCCUUCGGCCGGUGCGAGAACAACGUCGGCGGCGGCGACAAGGCGCUGGAGCUCUACCCGGACUGCGGCCGCGGCGAGGGCCAGCCGCCGUCGGAGUGGUGGGACCACCUCCACUGCGCCAUGUCGCACUACAAGUUCGUCCUCGCCAUCGAGAACACCAUCGCCGAGAGCUACGCGACGGAGAAGCUCUACUACGCGCUGGAGUCCGGCUCGGUGCCCAUCUACUUCGGCGCCCCCAACGCGCGGGACCUGGCGCCGCCGGGCUCCUACAUCGACGGCGCGGCGUUCGCGUCGGUGGAGGAGCUGGCCCGGUACGUGAGGGAGGUGGCCGGCGACCCGGCGGCGUACGCCGAGUUCCACGCGUGGCGGCGGUGCGGCGUGAUGGGCGCCUACGGCCGGAACCGCCUCGCCAGCCUCGACACGCUCCCCUGCAGGCUCUGCGAGCGCGCCAGCCGCAUGGGCGGCCGCCACGCGCCGGCGCCGGCGCCGACCAACGCCACCGCCACCCCUGUGUCGUGACGACGGUACACGACCGACUUUGACCGCCCGGCUCGAGGAACGAAGUGUGGUUUGCGUAAUGGCAAAUGCCUUUGAAUAGUUUAAUUUGUUUGUUGUCCAUGUCAAAACUGGUUAUUGCACAUGCUCUUUAGUCUAGGGAAGAAAUGCUGCUGACGAAAGGAUUGCGAAAAGAUUACUGCAUUUUCUCUCUCCAGAUUGUUCCUCUUUCUUUUUUCGAACGU